CGGCGUGUUUUCAACGCGCUCCAUUCUGGCUUCAUUCUCAAUCAGAAACUUAUAGCGAUCGCACACACACGGCAGUUUAAAAAUACAAUAAAAAAAAAAAAAACCGCUGAAACUUUUAAAAGAUCGUGAAUAUAUAACAACGUAUGUUUGUUCUCUAUAUCACACAGUCGAUAUAACAUUAACUGGUAUUAUUGUCAUUUAACUGCCGAUAUAAACAAAAGAAGAACUUUAGUUAAAAACAAAAAAAAAAAGUUCCUAGAAAAUUCAAAAAAAAAAAUAAAAAUAAACACAUUCAGUGAAACGCGAAGUGUAAAAAGGCCAAAUCUUUCAUUUUUUUUUUUUAUCUUCUACCUUCACAAGAAAAAUUGAAAUUAAGACAAUUUCACUAUAUAAGUGUGUUGGUGGGAUAAUAUUAUUAUAAUCUAUUUUUAUUCGAGAUGGCGUUUAUGAUGCCUGUGGUGAAAAAUGAGUGGGAUAUUUACAAGACUAAUCGCAGUAGACGCUCAUCUGAAUGUUCCAAUCCUCAGACAUGUCGCAGCAGGAAGGUGUCCGAGUGUUCCAAAUCGGAAGGUCCCUCACUAUCCACCUCGCCAGGUUCUGAUUUCUUAACAUCGCCAGCACAUCGUUCAGUGCCAUUGACAUCGAGGCAUUUCUCCAGGACAUCAUCCCGAGCAUCGCAAAGUUCACUUCAGAGUCCAAUUAAAAGCACCGGUUCCUCACCACCAAAAACUGGUAGUUCAAAUUCAUUAAAUAAAUUUCACAAUCGUCUUGUUGACAAAUUAAAAAGAUCCCUAAAAAAAGCAGACGACAGUGCUGACGAUCAGAGAAAUCUUUCGUGAAACAACUCUGGGGUUUCGAAUCGGUCAACACAUGUGUCCGGCUCGAAACCAAUCGAGAUUCGCCGGAUCUCGGCACCAACCACCGUUUCCGGUAAUAGUGGCGUCAAAGUUGCACGCUCAUGUCCGGAACCACCAGCAUGGUAGAGGAACCCAAUGAGAGUAAGUUGCAGAUUCUCAGAGAGAACAUGAACUUUUCUUUCCUCAAUCGCAAAAAAAAAAGCGUCGUCCAAAAAACGGUUGGCCCACACUUUAAUUUUCUUCUCGAACAUUUCGAUGAAAGGUUAUAAAAAAAAAAAAAAAAAAUUCAAGUGAUAUUAGAUAUAGUCUAGUGAUAUUGCAUGAGCAAGUGAUAUUGAAACAUCAAAAGUGAUACUAAAAGAAAAAAAAAAUUAAGUACUUUUGUAUUUAAUGAUCCUGAUAGGUUAGUAACAUCAUGCUAGAUAAAUGAUAUGAAUUUUAUCAUAAUGAUCACGAUAAAUGAUAAAUUAUAUCAUGUAAAGAAUUUGUGCGGAUAAAAAUAUCCGAAAUAUGGAAAAGUUUGUAAAACAAUUUUAAAAAAUUUGGAACAUUGAAAAUAAUUCCAAGGCAAAAAUGAUGAUUCAAAGGCUUCUUUU